AUGCAGCCUCUGAAAACUCAAAAAGACUCAGCACCUGGAAUUUCCACCUGGCAGCACGAAUUCCCGUCCGUUAAUCAGUCGGCACGGCGUCCAAAAACGGCUAUCGGGAUGAAGAGAGCUAUGUUCAGUCGUUCUUACAAGUAUCUGAACCGUCCCUUCACGGCUCGCACUGCACCAGCUACCAGAGGAUCCAACCAAUCCGAAAGAGAUUCUAUGAUGAGUUCCAACGAAACGUUGUCCUCGCAUAACAUAAGUGACAAUGAACGUAAGGAAAGCCAAACAACCAGCAAGCAGGCCCAAUUCGGGGAGUCUAACGAAUCAGUUGGAUACUCCAGCGAGGAUACUUCGGAUUUGGGCAAUUCUUUUAAUGAGAACGAUUUCGUGGCCUCUCGUUAUAGAAAGACAACGAAAUGCGGAUCAAAAGAGGAUGGUGACGAAGCUCUAUCAGAGGAAACGCGCCAGGGAUGCCAAUUAGUGCCAACGGCGCCGCAAGUAAAGCAAGAAAAUGACUUAUUACAACCAGAAUCUCAAAAGAGCUGUUACAUUAAAAGACCGACGACUCCAAAAUCACCCCUUCUGAUGACUAGACGGAGCUAUCCUCUUGGAAACCGAGAUGAACCUUUGAACGAUGAUGCUAUGCCAUCAAGUCGGCGGCCUCAAACAGCAAGACCCGUCCGGAGAGGAUCGAUCUAUGGAAGCCAGCAACGUUAUUCAUCAGAUGGUUCAUCUGUGGGAACUCCACGUGUCAGACCGAAAACUGCUUUUCCCGCGAGAAAACAGAGCAUCACAUCGACAACACUAUCUUUGAAUGUGGUCGACAUGUCUCCCCGAUCCCGACCAGUUACUGCAAGAACUAAAGAUGGAAGAAAACAGUGUCAUCAAAAAGCCGAUACUGAAGACCUUCCAGAUACAGAUUCAGAAGCAACUUCUGGUCCAAAGACAAAUAAAGUCUUCACCAACAGUUUCCCUGUCCGGAGACGUAAGUCAGUUUCUGGAAAUGUGUCACAGCAAUCGUCAAAAGACGACGAUACCGGAUCGCCGAAAAGUGGAAUGUCUUGUUUGGAAGAUGGAAUCGAAGGCGAAUGCAUAACGCCUCGAAAUCCGACAGUGUCAAUUCUACGUCGACCAAAAUCGUCCCUUGGUCACGGAUUCAUUAGGGCAUCCCCCGCUACUAGUGAGAUCAAUGUAGUGGACAUGUCAGAGGCAUUAGAUGAUCCGGAAACGGCUGUAAAGAUGCAACAGCGAAGGAGCUUUAAACCGUUAACCAGAGCCAUCAUGGCUUUGAAUCAAACGAGACGACUGGUGGUACAGAAUUCAUCCUUAUCUCGAAGUUUGGAGACAAAAGGAAUCCUGUUGCAACAUGACGACUUAUCUAAAACAAAAUCGGUUACACAGGAUGUUGUUCCGGUGGUUCCAGAGAAUCCGGUAAUGAAGACUAAAACGGUGAUCACUUUGGAAAUACCCCAAAUUUAA